UGUGUGGCGUUUAGCUGCAGUCCCGCUGCACCUUCUCAUGUUGCGGGGCUGUUAUGAAGUGCGGGCACGCAUUUAAUGCAGAAUUGCGUCCAAUUAAUGCAGUAUUUUCGUUGUAGGUUUAUUGAUACGUUGUUACCACGUGGCAGUUAUUCGUCUAGACUUGCUGAUUUACCUGAUGUCCCAAAGGAAAACGCCGAGUUGAGCGCGCGCACCUGGGCCCUCGGCGUCUCGCGCUCCUGUCGUCACCCAGUGGGCAUCAUGAACGCCAACCAUCUUAGAAGAUGCCCAUCAGUGACAGCUGACGGCCUCCCUGUGCCGAUGCUAGACGUAUGUCCCACCAAGCUGCAUGAUGUUCUUCUAUCUGUUCCUACAAAAAACAGUAAAUUUCCCAUUAAACUAUGGCAACUAGUGAACAAUUCAACAACUGAGUCUAUUAUAUGGGACUCUAAAGGUGAAGGUGUGAUUAUCAAUCAGCACCUGUUUGAAAGGGAGCUUUUAUCUCCAGUAACAGUAUCAGAGACGUUAAUAGAUGUAUUCAAGGCAACCAACUUCAGAAGUUUUAUUCGACAGAUGAACCUGUAUGGGUUUAGAAAAUUGGAUGUAAGUACAAGAGAUAAUAAUUUGAAAACCAAUGUAGGAAGUGCCCAGAGUAUUGCAGAAAGAGUAUUUCAUAGACAUACUGACAACAUUUUGUCAGCAGGAACAGUAAAAAGAGACUGUUGUACUGAAGUACAGAUAAAUGAGAAAGCUAAAGAAGUCAAAUUACACCAUUACCACCACCCUAGCUUCAAGAAGAAACAUCCUGAGCUGCUGGUCAAUGUAACAAGAUCCAAAUGCAAAGUCAGUAUUGUCAGGGUGAAAAAACUGAUGGAUCCAAAUAAACAACAAUCCAACCAGAAAGAGAAGAUUCUUUUAGAUGUUGUCAACAGUAGUAAAGACGAAAGCAUGAAAAAAUGUGGUAACAGAAUUUAAAAGAUGACCUUCUUUAAUAUGUUAUUAUUUAGUCAUAUUCUGUUAUUUAUUCAUUUAUUUCCAAAAUGAAAUUUAUUAAGGUUGUCAUAGGUAAUUU